AUGACUCAGAAGGCCAAGAAGCCCGCUGCUGCUGCUGCAGCAACAGCAGCAGCAGCAGCAACAGCAGCAGCAGCAGCAGCAGGUGAUGCAGCAGGUUCGAGCAAAAAGGAAAUAAAAGCGACUAAGAAGACAGUGGCAAAGAUGUCGGCAGCAAAAAAGAAAAGCAGCAGCAGCAACAGCAGCACGAAGCUGCUGAAGAAGCAGCAGCAGCAGCAAAAGAAGAAAACCGAAGAAAAACGCAAAAGCCAGCCAGCAGAUGCUGCAGCAGCAGCAGGUGCAGCAGACACAGCAGCAGCAGCAGACACAGCAGCAGCAGCAGCAGCAGCAGCAGAAGGAGUUUCUCGGAAGCGGCAACUGGCCGUGUCUGCAGCUGCUGCGGACUCUAAGCGCCAGCGAGUCCGCCAACCCGCAGCAGCAGCAGCAGCAGCAGCAGCAGAAGCAGGAGAAGCAGCAGCAGCAGGAGAAGCAGCAGCAGGAGGAGCAGCAGCAGCAGCAGGAGGGCGCGGCAGCCGGAAGGCCCGGCGAGCAGCAGCGCGGCGAGCAGCAGCAGCAGCAGCAGCAGCAGCACGGCAAGGCGUGGUGUAUGUGGGGCACUUGCCAGCAGCACUUAAGGAGCAGCAGCUCUUUAGCUUCUUCUCGCAGUUUGGCCGCGUGCUGUCGGUGCGGCUGCAGCGCAGCAGCAGCAGCGGCAGCAGCAAAGGCCACGGCUUUCUGCUGUUCGCGCUGCGCAAAGUUGCUGCUGCUGCUGCAGCAGCAAUGCACGGCUACCGCCUCUUCGGCCGCAGCCUCGUGUGUCUGCUGCAGCCCCCAGGCGCUGUGGGGCCCCACGUCUUCGCCCGCGGCUACCCCCCCCGCAGCAGCAGCAGCAGCAGCAGCAGCAGCAGCAGCAGCAGCAGCAGCAGCAGGAGGCGGUGGCUGGUCACCAGCCGGGAGAGGGCCCGCCGGGAAGCGAAAAGUUACCGCAGGAAGGCGGCGCAGCGGGUCUCCGCGCGGGGUGUACGUACACUCCAACUCCGCCUCAAAAAGAAACUCAAAGGCCUCCAACAACUCGGAUUCCAAACUGAAGACUUCCAACAAGUCCUUUUCCCUCCAGCAGCAGCAGCAGCAGCAGGAACAGCAGCAGCAGCAGCAGGAACAGCAGCAGCAGCAGCAGGAGCUGCAGCAGGAGCUGCAGCGGGGCAGCGCAGCAACUUCGGCGCUUGGCUGCGGCUGGAAAAGGAAAAUAAAGAAAAAGAAAAAAUAAAAAAGGCGCAAAAAAGAAAAGAAAAAAUGCAGAAAAUAAAAAGUGAAAAUAACUCCAAUUCGAAGCCGCUCAAGCCGCAGCCGUGA